AAUGGAAAAAAUAGAUAUGUUGGUUAAAGUAGUAAUAAUUGGAGAUACAACAGUAGGAAAGACAAACAUUAUGACUUAAUAUUGUGAUACUAAUUUUAAAAUUAACUCUCUUCCAACAAUAGGAGCUGAUUCUAGAGUAAAGUUAAUAUAAAUGAAUGAAAGAGAGACAAUAAAAAUGAUGAUUUGGGAUACUUGUGGUUAAGAACGUUUCAAAUCUAUAACAAAGAAUACAUUUAAAGGAGCAUAAGGUUUUGUUUUGGUGUAUGAUAUUACAUCAAAAAGCAGUUUUGAACACGUAGAAGAUUGGUUAGAAGUAAUAAGUUAAGUUUAUAAAAGUCAAUAAAAGAUAAUAUUGACACAAAUUCUGUUUCAAUUGUUUUAGUAGGAAAUAAAUCGGAUCUCGAGGAUUUGAGAUAAGUUUCAAAAGAUUAAGGAUAAGCAUUGGCAAAUAAACAUAAUCUUCAUUUCUUUGAGACUUCAGCUAAAAUGGGAAUAAAUUUAAGUGAAGUUUUCGUCUCUCUAGCUAGAAAUAUUAGAAAAAUUAUCACUUCUGCUAAUAAAGACACUGAAAUGUUAACAACAGAUAAAACUAAAAGUUAAAAAAAGAAAGGAUGUUGCUGACAUUCAA